AUGGUGAAAAGGCACGCGAGUGAUGACAAGUUGGGGCAGGAGCCUUUGCUCGCGUUCCCACAUCGAUUCUUGCAGAUGAUGGGCCCUAUACCACAGGAGCCGAGGCCUUUGGUCCCAGUCAAACCUGACAAAAGGGAAGCCUACAUGACCAUUGCCAAACACAUCUUGAAAAGGGUUCCCACAGAAUCUGAUAGAAGAUCGGUAAAGUUUUUAAUCGAGCUGUGCACCAAGCUCUCCCCACAGCCCGUUCCGCCCUUGCCUUGGACGCAAGAAGCCGUUAGUGCAGAAGGUGUUCGCAUCGGCCUUCCGCAAGCAGUGGUGCGCUUGUGCCCUGUAAUAAAGUUCAGUGCAAAGCUUGGAGGGAAGAAAAAGAACAUUUAA